AGUCUCCGCAGGUCUUUUAGGAUCUCCUUUGAUCAGCUCCAACAAGUUUUGCGAUAGUCUCGACUUCCAUUCAUGGAUUAUUUUCAAACUGCUUCGCAAUUACUUUUAUAUCACCCAGAUAUCAGGCUAGUUGUGGCAGAUAGCAAAGACAGUGGUCUGCUCGACCUACAAGCAAUCCCUGCCUAUGUCGCUGCUGUCUCUGCACUCAUUCUUCUGCUACAUGCAGUAGCGGAUUCAAAGCCUUUUUACAAGCUGCGGACCCGCCUUUUGGCUUCUCAAGGACAGCAAUUUGAUGAUCCCCAUUCCCAUGGAGUAGGGUCUCCUAGUCUUUUGAAUAACCCGAAAGCAUUCGUGAUUUUGCAUGGAGGAUGUACCGAGUUCAUAUAUAAGGUAGCUUCGUUCAUAGGCUGCUCAGUACUGUUCGCAUUGUCUCUGGUAAAUGUUAUCAUGGAUAAAGAGGAUGGGGGUCAAAAGGGCAUGGCUACGCAGACAAUAGGGCUAUCUGGGAGUGCGUAUAUCUCAUUGUUGAGCUUUAUAUCUUUAUUCAUACCUAGAAGCAGCAAGGUUGUCUCCAGGCACUUGAUCAUCCUUCUCCUUGUGGUGCUUGGAAUAUUCGCGUAUCGUGACUUGUGGCCUUUAUUGACGUUCACUCAUAUUCCACUGGAUAUUCACGAAGGAUGGCUCUUAUGGGUUAAAAUAUCUAUUCUUACCCUCAUCACUAUUGUGUUGCCGAUUAUCAAACCUCGACAAUACGUGCCUUUUGAUCCUAAAGACCCUGCCGAUGAGCCUCAUCCAGAGCAGACCGCUUCAUGGUUAUCUCGCAUCCUGUUCUCCUGGAUAGACUCGACAGUGUAUCUCGCGUCCAAAGUUUCUCACCUGUCGCACGAGCAGCUUCCUCCUCUUGCUGACUAUGACCGUGCCAAGAAUUUAGUGCAGGAAAGUUUCCCGUUCCUUGAUCCUUUUUCGCAAAGGAAGAAGAAGGGUCACAUUUUCUUUGGUUUCGUCAGAAUAUAUCGUGGUGAAUACAUCAUCAUGGCGUCUACAGUAAUCAUCGAGGUCAUAGCUACUCUUGUAAGUCCAAUCGCGGUUAAUCGUCUCCUGAGCUACCUGGAAUCUGGAGGCGAAGGAGCCGUUGUUCGGCCGUGGGUGUGGAUAUGUUUAUUGUUCCUUGGCCCAUUGGUCACUUCUUUGGCAAUGGAUUGGUAUCUCUAUAUUUCGACACAAACCCUCGUCCGCACAGAAGGGAUACUGACCCAACUCAUUUUCGAACAUGCCCUACGUAUUCGCAUGAAAGCUGAAACCCCGUCAGACAUAAAGCAAACUAUGGAGGCAAACGAGGUGCUCACGCCUGACACGGUAGAAUCUAGUACGAAUGAGGGGGAGUCUGUAGAUGGUGACGAUACAUCGCAGACAAGCUCAACGAUUGCGGAAUCCUCAAGCCAAAAGGGCAAGCAGAAAACGGAGGAUGUGCAGAAUGAGAACGGGCAAGAGGCUCACAACCCUACCUCCAAGGCUGAUAAUCUCGUAGGAAAAAUUAACAAUCUCGUCACCUCAGACCUUAACAACAUAACUAAUGGGCGAGACUGGCUUUAUAUUGUUAUCAAUAUCCCUCUGGGAGUGUCUUUGUGUAUCUGGCUUCUGUACUCUAUCCUUGGCUGGAGCUCAUUCGUCGGAUUAGGUGUUAUGAUACUUUUAUUCCCACUUCCUGGCUAUAUGGCACGCCUAAUACAACAUGUUCAACAACAGAAAAUGCAUAAAACAGAUGCCCGGGUACAAACCGUCACUGAAACCAUGAACGUGCUUCGCAUGAUCAAGUUAUUUGGAUGGGAGCAACAGACCAAUGAAAAGAUAACGCGUACACGCGAAGAAGAACUUUUGUGGACUUGGAGGAGCAAGCUCCUGGAGCUUUCCAUCAACAUUACUAAUUUUAUCAUUCCUAUUGCUGUCAUGCUAACAACUUUCGCGUCAUACACUUUAUUGAUGAAGCAAAACCUGAGUGCCGCUGUGGUGUUCUCAUCUAUAACCGUCUUUGACGUUUUUCAUCGUCAGCUUCACCUAAUUCUCGGACUGCUCCCGAGAAUAACUCAAGCCAAAGUCUCUUUGGACCGUGUUGACGAUUUCCUACUCAAUUCGGAGCUAUUGGAUUCCUUUCAUGCUCACUACCAUGGGGCCUCGCUGUUCAAGCAAGCAGACGAGGAAUUAGACGUGAUUGGUUUCAAAGAUGCUGUGUUUACGUGGUCAGAGAACCGUAAUGGUUCAUUGACUCCAUCGAAACGAAAUUUCAGCCUUAAAAUUGAAGACGAGCUUUUCUUCCACCGUGGGCGCGUCAACUUAAUUGUCGGGCCCACAGGUUCAGGAAAGACAUCGAUGCUUAUGGCUUUAUUAGGGGAAAUGCACUUUAUUCCAUCUGGCCCUGCAUCUUUUUUCGGUCUACCUCGCAAGGGUGGUGUUGCCUAUGCGGCUCAAGAAUCUUGGGUCCAGAACGAGACAAUUCAGGCUAACAUUUUAUUUGGAGCGUCAUACGACAAGGAACGCUAUAACAAAGUUGUGUACCAAUGUGGGCUCGAACGUGACUUCGAAUUGUUUGAAGCUGGAGAUCAGACCGAAGUUGGAGAGAAAGGGAUCACGUUAAGUGGCGGUCAGAAGGCAAGGAUAACUCUUGCUCGUGCAAUAUACUCAUUUGCAGAGGUUCUCUUAUUAGACGAUGUGUUGGCCGCUUUAGAUGUGCAUACUUCAAAGUGGAUCAUUGACAAAUGUUUGGGUGGAGACCUGAUUGAGGGUCGAACAGUUAUUUUUGUGACGCACAAUGUUACCAUGGCCAACAAAGUGGCCCAUUUCGUAGUAUCGAUAGGUUCGAAUGGGAGGGUGCUUAGUCAAGGUUCCAUAUCCGACGUGGUCGCUCACGACGAUAAGCUCGCUGCAGAGGUCUUGAAAGAUAAUGAGGAGGAACAAAAGGUUUCCGACACUGAAGAAGAAGCAGUCCAGCGAAAACAGGACGGAAAGCUUAUAUUAGCUGAAGAAAUCGCUGAAGGUCGCGUUGGACGGUCUGCUUUCAAACUAUACCUCGCAGGAAUGGGAGGCGAUUACCCAGCGCUCUUUUGGAUUGUUUUUUUAGUCACCAUGACUUCAACUCAGUUUAGUGAAAAUGCGCAACCCUGGUUUUUAGGGUACUGGGCUUCCCAGUACGAUUCUCAUCAACCAUCCGAAGUUCAUGUCCCGUACUACCUCGGAGUUUAUGGUCUUAUUCUUUUGGCCACUACCACCUUAUACGCUUUUUCUUACACCUGGCAAUUAUACGGAACAAUGCGAGCGUCUAGAGUCAUCCACAAGAAGCUCUUCGAGGCGGUACUGGGCACAACCUUGCGGUGGCUUGAUACUACUCCGACAUCUCGCGUAAUUGCACGAUGUACACAAGACAUACAAGCUGUCGAUGGGCCUGUUGCCCAAAGUGUAUCUUUGUGGACGGAGGUGACUAUAGCAAUGAUGGUCAAAUUCACUGCUGUUACCGUUCUGACGCCAAUAUUCAUAAUCCCUGGAAUCCUCGUUGGUGCACUCGGCUGGAUUUGUGGGAAGUUCUAUAUGAAAGCUCAGUUAUCUGUCAAAAGAGAGAUGAGCAAUGCUAAAGCUCCCGUCCUUGGUCAUUUUGGCGCAGCCAUUGCUGGUCUUAGUAAAACCAUGCAAGCUUCUAUACGCGCAUAUGGUGCACAGCAAGCUUUUAAAGCGGAGUCACUCGCACGAAUUGACCGCUACACUAAAGUAGCACGCAUGUUUUAUAAUUUGAACCGUUGGGUGGGCAUUCGCAUUGAUGCCUUCAGUGCAAUGUUUUCGGCCAGUUUAGCCGCAUAUUUGACUUAUGGUAAUAGUCUCGCUAGUGCGUCUGAUAUCGGCUUCUCAUUAAAUAUGGCUGUUGGUUUCAGUACCAUGAUGCUGUGGUGGGUUAGGAUGAUGAAUGAUAUCGAAGUGAAUGGUAUGUCCCUUGAGCGCAUUGAUAGUUACAUCGGGAUAGAACAGGAGCCAAAACCCAGUAGUCAAGGCCGUCCCCCUGCGUAUUGGCCAGCUAGUGGCGACCUCCGAGUGGAGAACCUUUCUGCUCGUUACUCGCAGGAUGGGCCUAGAGUCCUUCAUAACCUGUCUUUUCACAUCAAGUCCGGUGAACGGAUUGGUGUAGUCGGUCGCACUGGAAGUGGAAAGAGCUCGCUAACUCUCUCACUCCUUCGUGGUAUACAUAUUGAGGGAGAAGUAUUUUAUGAUGGUAUCUCUAUAAGCACAAUCAAUUUGGAUGCUCUUCGAACAAAUGCAACUAUCAUUCCACAAGUUCCCGAGUUGCUCAGUGGCACACUUCGAAAAAAUCUCGAUCCAUUUGAGCAAUACGAUGAUGCCACCCUGAAUGAUGCACUCAGAGCUUCUGGCUUGUUCUCCAUACAGGAAGAUUCGGAGGAGAGCAAGUUAUCGCUUGAUAGUGUUAUCUCUGGUGGAGGCAGCAAUUUGUCUGUGGGACAACGUCAGAUUUUGGCCUUGGCAAGAGCUAUGAUUCGUGGAAGUAAGUUGUUGAUUCUUGACGAAGCCACUUCAGCCAUAGAUUAUAGAACGGACACCAUAAUCCAGUCUUCUCUCCGAAAUAAGCUGCAGAAUGAUGUUACACAGAUCAUCGUUGCUCAUCGCCUUCAGACCAUCAUUGAUGCUGACAAAAUUAUGGUUCUGGAGGAUGGGAAACUCGCUGAAUAUGGACCUCCUCAAGAAUUGCUAGCAAACGAGAACGGCUUAUUCCGUGCCCUCGUGGACGAGAGUGCUGACAAGGAAGCACUCUAUGCCAUGUCAAUGAAAUAGAAGACAGGUACAAUUACAGUGUAGGACCGGCAUUUGAGCCAAUCAGCCAUAGCACAUGCGUUUUUUGUGUGAUCAACGGACACGUAGCCCGAGCAUGUUAAGAAUACACGUGUAUUGCUAUUGUAAUGUAAAAAUCAAAGGAAUGUGUGAUUU